AUGUUUCACAAUACAAUACGAUCAAAUGCAGUCAGAUCACUAAUGAACUUUACACAAAUUAGAACCAAAAUGAAAUCACAUAAAGCAAUAACAAGUAGAAUAAUAAAAAGAACAUCUGGUUUAAAAAGAAAACAUGCAGGUAUGAAUCAUGGAUUAGGUAAAUUCAGUACACCAUCGUUAAAACAUUUAAGAGGUUUCACAGAAGUUAAAAAAGAAGGAGGGUAUUUAAAGAAAAUGUAUCCGUAUGCUUGA